AUGUCAUUGGGUGCGAAGGAACUGCUGGAUGCUUCAUUGAUUUAUUCCUAUGUGCUUGCUGCCAUGGUCCUCUUGGGUGGUGUGAUCGGUUUUAUCAAGGCCAAGAGCAAAGCGUCGCUGAUCGCAAGCACUUGCGUUGCAAUCGCCAUUUUGGCGCUGGAUUACGUGACCCUGAAGGUCAGCUGUAUCUAUGGCCAAAGUUUGCAAAUAGCUCUCAGCAUCUCUCUGACCUUGAUGUUCCGAGGGAAGUACCAGGCUUCAGGGAAGGACUUGGAAGAACCCCUGGCAGGAGCUCCCAAGAGGAAAUUCAUGCCCUUCGGACUGCUGACCAUGAUGUGA